AUGCCGUCCAGCAAUCCUACACAAAAUUUCAAACGCAUUGGCGUCGUUGGAGCCGGAAGUAUGGGUUCAAUGAUGGUCUUUGCUUUCUCCGAGCUCGGUCUUGACGUCUCUGUGUGGGAUGUUGACAAAGCCAACGUCGACAAGGUGAUGAAUUGGACCAAGGAAGCGAAAACGAUGAAGGGUGAAAUCCAAGGCUAUUCUAGUAUCGAUGAAUUCACAAAAAGCCUGGAGGGUCACGGAGAUCGCAAGCUUUUCAUGUUCUCUAUCACCCACGGAGAACCCGCGGAUUCAGUUCUCACCAUGUUAAAGCCACACUUGAAGAAGGGUGAUAUUAUUUUGGACGGCGGUAAUGAGAACUACCGCCGAACAGAACGACGUCAAAAGGAGUGUGAGUCAAUUGGUGUCAGCUGGAUUGGAAUGGGUGUCUCUGGAGGAUAUCAAUCGGCCCGCCAUGGCCCAAGUCUAUCCCCUGGUGGAGACGCCAAAGCAAUCGAGCUUGUCAUGCCCUUCUUAGAGACCUACUCAGCGAAGGAUCCGAAGUCAGGCACACCAUGUGUCACUCGCAUUGGCCCAGGCGGAUCAGGCCAUUAUGUGAAAAUGGUUCAUAAUGGCAUCGAAGGUGGCAUGCUAUCUGCGCUCGCAGAAGCUUGGUCAUACAUGUAUUUUGGCCUGGGAAUGAAGUACGAGGAGAUUGGAGAUGUCUUCAACCAAUGGAACUCGAAGGGUGAGCUUCGAGGCAACUUCUUGAUCGGCAUCGGUGCCGAUAUCAUGAAAACCAAGCGAACCCCCCAGGGUGACUAUCAAGGCGAGGGUGCCGGUAAGGAUGGUGGAUACGUUCUCGAUGAUGUCCUCGACAAGGUUGUCCAAGACGAUGAUAACACCGAGGGCACACCAUUGUGGUGUCUCCAGGAGUCGGCCUCUCGACAUGUUUCUGCUCCCACUCUGGGCGCAGCACACUACAUGCGCAUUGCCAGUGGAAACCGGGCAGAACGAGAUCGAGCUGCGAAAAAGCUCCAGAUGCCUACACCGCGACCGAUCGAGAAUACUCGGGACUACAAGUCCGUUAUUGAGAAAUUGCGACGUGCUGUGUACUGCGCAUUCCUUUCCUCCUUCUGUCAGGGUCUUGAGCUCAUUGCGCGGGCAUCUGAAGAUGAAGGCUGGGAUAUCAAUAUGGCCAGUUGUCUCCAGAUCUGGCGCGCGGGCUGUAUUAUUCAGUCCGACUACAUCGCCGAUUUGCUGCAGCCAGCCCUGACUUCGAACAAACGGAUGAUGAACAUGAAAUUUGUUGACGAAGUUGCGCGUGAGCUGCAUCACAACUUCCCUGACCUCAAGGCUAUCGUUAUUGAAGGUACCAUGUCCGAUCAAUAUAUGCCAUCCAUCGCGGCGACUCUGGAAUAUCUCAAGUAUGAGGGCGGUAUGACGCUGCCUACCAAGUUCAUGGAAGCCCAGAUGGACUACUUCGGUGCACACUGUUAUAACAAACCGGGCAUUCCAGGGGAAGAUCCUGGACCAGUUGCAAAGGGCCCUCAUCAUUAUGAAUGGCUCCGAGCUUAA